CCCAUGGCCGCCUUUAAUGACAGCAGCUUUGACCCCAUAACCUUCGUCCUGACGGGCAUCCCGGGCAUGGAGGCGUCUCACAUCUGGAUCUCGGUCCCCUUCUGCCUGAUGUACGUGGUGGCCCUGACGGGAAAUGCCUUUCUCCUCUUUCUCGUCGCCACAGAGCGCAGCCUCCACCAGCCCAUGUUCCUCUUCCUGGCCAUGCUGGCAGUGGCCGACCUCAUGCUCUCCACCUCCACGGUGCCGGAGAUGCUGGCCAUCUUCUGGUUCGGGUCCAGGAAGAUCUCCUUCGACGCCUGCAUUGCCCAGAUGUUCUUCACCCACUUCAGCUUCAUCGCGGAGUCCACCAUCCUGCUGGCCAUGGCCUUCGACCGCUACGUGGCCGUUUGUGACCCUCUGCGCUACCUGGCCAUUCUCACGCCUUCCGCCAUAGGGAAGGUGGCCGUCGCCGCCAUCGUCCGGGGUCUGGCCAUCAUGUUCCCCCCCAUCUUCCUCCUGAAGAGGCUGCCCUACUGCGGCCACAGCACCAUGCCCCACACCUACUGCGAGCACAUGGGCAUCGCCCGCCUGGCCUGCGGGGACAUCACCGUCAACAUCUGGUACGGCUUCACCACUACGCUGCUCUCCUCCGGCGUGGACGUAGUGCUGAUCGCCGCCUCCUACGCCCUGAUCCUCCGGGCCGUCUUCCAGCUGCCCUGCAAGGAGGCCCGGCGCAAGGCCCUGCGCACCUGCGGCUCCCACAUCUCGGUCAUCCUCAUGUUCUACAUGCCGGCCUUCUUCUCCUUCCUCACCCACCGCUUCGGCCACAACAUCCCCAGCUGGAUCCACAUCUUGCUGGCUGACCUCUACGUGAUCGUGCCACCCAUGCUCAACCCCAUUGUCUACGGGGUCCGAACGAAGCAGAUCCGGGAGCGGGUCUCCCACAUGCUCUUCCGGGGCAGGACCUGCUUCUGA